AUGGCGUCUACGCCCCCACCUUCUCUCGAUGACGCCCUCACGCUUGUAAAAGUUUUCUAUAUAAUCCCACUCGAUCUGGCUGGGUUUCGCUCUCUCACCGCUCGAUUUCUAGUUUUCGAGAACCUACUCUCUGAAACCCCAUCGCAAAUUUUCACAGCACGAAUGACAGAAUCAUCAGAACUGGAUACAGUACCAUCAUUCUCAUGCCCCCUGCCAUCCGACCUACUACAGUCUGGUGCAAAGGGUCUCUUCAACCUCACCGACGGCCUUUCAGAAGCCGUCCACCUCCUCCGUGGUGACCCUUCUUCAUCCGACGAAGAACAUAUACGGAUUAUGCUCGUACAGACGGAAAUUGAACGUGUCAAGUUUAUCGUGAGAUCGUAUGUCCGUACGAGGUUGUUCAAGAUAGAGAAAUACGCCCGAUUCGUCACAUCCAACGCUGAUGUCCAAAGACGUUUGACGGCGGCUGAGAGGGACCAUGCGAGUCGACACGCGAAAAUAACAGACCAGCACUUUUACCUAUCUGUCCUACAAAGUCUGCCAGAAGCCCAGGCACACCUGGACGAUACACCCGUGUUUUAUCCGUCUAUGGUAACAGAACCAGACAAAUCGCGUCCCGUUUUCGUACACGCAUUGACAAGGUGUCCGCGGAUCACGUUGCCCGACGGCGCGACGCUUGACAUGGAAAAGGGGCAUAUCUCGCUCACACUGUACUCUGUUGUGGAACAACUCGUGGCAAGGGGGGAGGUUGAACUCAUUUAAUGUAAUUUACUAUUAUUGUAUUACAAUUCGUGCAUGCAUGAACAGCUUAUGUUCCUGCUCAUCACCAUCUUCAUUGCCC